AUGCUGAGCGUGCUGUGGAGCAGCCUGCCCGUGGUGCUGGGGCUGCUGCUCUGGCACCCUGCCGGUGCCAGCGGCCCAUGCUGGGAGAGCAGCAAAUGCCAGGACCUCACCAGUGAGGCUGGCAUUGUGGCAUGCGCCGCGGUGUGCAGAGCUGACCUGUCAGCCGAGGCGCCGGUCUACCCUGGGAACGGGCACCUCCAGCCCCUCUCCGAGAGCAUCCGCAAGUACGUCAUGAGCCACUUUCGCUGGAACAAGUUUGGCCGGAGGAACAGCAGCAGCGGGGAGCACAAAAGGGAGGGGGCAGCUGGGGGCAACCCACCACCCGCAUCGCUGCCUGCGGGCCCGCCGUCCCACCAUGAGGAAAAGCAGGGAACUGGGCUGGAGCGGGAGGAAGGCAAACGCUCCUACUCCAUGGAGCACUUUCGCUGGGGAAAGCCGGUGGGUCGCAAGAGGAGACCCAUCAAGGUCUACCCCAAUGGGGUGGAGGAAGAAUCGGCUGAGAGCUACCCGCUGGAGUUCAGGCGGGAUCUGCCGCUUGGCAGCACCAGGCCACCACCCGAGGAGGAAGAGGAGGAGGAGGAGGAAGGCCAGGAGGAGGAGAAGGCGGCCGGUGGCUCCUACCGCAUGUGCCAUCUUCCCUGGCAUGUGCCCUUGAAGGACAAGCGCUAUGGGGGCUUCAUGACCUCGGAGCACAGCCAGACCCCUCUAGUGACUCUCUUCAAAAAUGCCAUCAUCAAAAGCACCUACAAGAAGGGGCAGUGA